AUGCCACUUCCGGAUCCGGAGUAUCCGGACCCGUUAGCACCCAAAGCUUUGUCACUGUCAGGAUCAGUCAUUGAUUCGCCGCCUCCUGAGACAGAUGACCCAGUGCCGCCGCCAACUGGUGACCAAUACGACUGGGACAUCGAAGUUGUACAACCGCAUCCAGACGCAGUGGAGAGCGCACUUAUAGGCAUAGAUCCGUAUUCUGACGUGAAAGACGAUGGACUGGUAUUCGAAAAAAUUGAUCGCCAAUCUGAUGCCAAACAAGAUUAUGUCGACCUCCACAUCGACGUCGCCAAGCCCAUUGUUCAAGACCUUGUCGAUAAUCCUGAUGAAUACCUUUACUCCAACGCGGAGGAUAUCCUGCGGGACGAGUUGAAAAAUGCGGAGUCCUGGCAUGGUGAAGACAAAGGAUUUUCUGCCCUGCCCAAGAGUAAUUUCAACAUUGAAUUUACUCCAUCAUUUUUAGAAUCCGAUGGGGAUCAUGAUGCUGGUAUUACCCGCGGUACUCCAAGGAAGCCAUAUGACCAGCACAUUCCAGUGUUCCCUGACUCUGGAGUAUGCCAAAACCCGUGGUACGUCCCCGAUGCCUCCUCCACUACCGUCACUCCACCCCUCUCCCCGCCCCCAGACACGGACCAUCUGCCCCCGCCAGACACCGUCAGGGAAAUGCUCUGCUGGCUGGUUGGAAUGGCUGAGUUGGGGUAUAUUCCUUUCAUCGAGGACCAUCUUAAGAGCAUUUUGACGGAAUAUAACAAGGAUGUCUCCCAGCCUCCAGAUGCCCUCGAGGUCACCAGAGAUCCUUACACUCUGGACGCUGCCCGUGUCGCCAACACCCUGACUGAGGCGAUUAAACACAAGGACAAUUCGAAAGCUGUUUCAGUCCCUGAUUUCAGCUCAGAAUAUUCCAAACUUUGUUACUCCACCGACCCCGCCUGCCUCCUCUGCCAGCUGCGGGACUACGUCUACGCCUGCUGCCACCAGUUGGAGUUCCUGAGGUCGCAGUGUUCUCGGAAGCAGUCAUAUGGUGGUUGGCAGGAUUGUGAGUACGGCCGUGACAUCAAGAUACCGUCCCUCCAGGCCUUCCUGACCGACGCCUCCACCUCCAAGUUCGAGACUCACCGCUUCGACCUGUGUGACAUCUGCCUCAAGAGCCGUAUCAACAUGGGAUUCCAAAAGGACGAUUUUUCUAAGGACUCCAACGAUGGCAAGCAUCUUCACACCAUCCUCUCUCCCAGCUGCGGCGGCGAGGAUCCCCUGCUGACAUUGUCCUCUUACCUCAACUGCCUCACCAGGCGGACGCCGCGUACCACCGGGGAGCUCGUCUCGUUCUUCCACAAUUUCGGGAAUUCACUGCACAAGCCUCCAUCAGAGUUGUCUCCACUGGGCUCCGCCCUCUCCAAACGACAUGACGACUGCCCUGACUGGGAUUGUCUCAAGGACGCCGACCUCCAAGUCAUCAAGUACGUCCGGGGCUCCGACACUCUCAACUCCAACCACCAAGAUCAUCCCGAUACCCUGUCCACGCUGCUUGGUUGCGGCAUCAAUAAUUUAAAGUGCUCACAACUUAUGAAGCCCAUCACCUACCGGGCCUACACCCUGUACUCUUCCAGCUUCGUACACCACUACCUCAGCUGGGCGGUGUACCUACCCGACAGACUUUGGGAGUCGUUGGACAGACUGAGCAGAGACAUGAAGAAGCAUGAUAGCGUAAAGUGUGCAUCCCUUCAUAACUGCGCCGACGCUCUGCCCCUCCUCUACUCUCACGGGUUCGCGCCACCUUACGGGACUCUGCAGCCGUCACUCACGUGUUCCAAGGUCAUCGCCAAGCUGGGGGAAGUGGUCUCCGGACAGCCUAUCGCAAGCCUCAUGACCGCCAUGGACACAUUUCUCUACGGCAUCCGCAUGCCAUUCCUCUUCUGCCUCGUCACACUCUGGCUCACCGCCACGGUCUACAUCCUCCACUCACUCCUCUACCGCAUGGACGUCCUCCGCAUCCGCUCCCACCUCCUCACCACCAGGGCCUCACACCUCAUCGACGUUAAGGCGCUGCUCGCCGGCAGCCGCAGGAUGCUCUCACUCUACAAGGACGUCGACUACUUCGACGACGACUUCCACUCGUGA